AUGGGCAAGUCGCAGAAACAACGCGCAAUGCGGCGGCACAACCCAAUGCGAGUACCAGACUCACAUCUAUCUCAUGGACUCGCCCAAGCUUCGUCGACGUCCUCAAAAACAGAGGCCAUUUUGCCAAUCAUUCAAAAGAUGGAGAGUGCCGAUUCAUCAGAACGGAAAUGGGCAUGUGUAGCGGUGUCGAAUCUGAUUCAGAAUGAUCCUUCGACAAGGCGAUUGCUUCAAGGAAAAAAUGUCGUUGGUGCAUUGAUAGCACGAUUGACUGACAAUGAAGAAGAAGUUGUUAUUGAGGCUAUGGGAUCCCUUCGAAACUUGUGCAUCGAUGGCGGUUACGACAUAUGCGCGGAAAUGUACAAUAAGAAUAUUCUGGUUUCAUUGAAGACCUUCAUUCCCAAGAUAUCCUCUACCCUUGAACAAUUUCUGCAAACGCCCAAAUCUGCACCGGAAAAUGCACUAAAAGUGGUAUACGAGUUUGCGGACAACGUCAUCACAACGCUAUGGUGCCUGUCGGAAACCUCGAAUAAGGCGCUGAAUGCCAUUAACGCCAUAAGAUUGGUACCAUUCCUGAUGUCUUUCCUUGCGUCUCGCGAACAGCUUCCCGUUGCUCCUGUUGUAGCUGCCGCCCAGUGUCUAUACGUCUUGACCGACGACAACGAUCCAGCUGUAAGCGAUGUCAGGGCUGACGCCGGAUAUAUAUCUUGUCUUCUUGACAUUGCGCGUUCCGUUCAAGAUGGUACAAAGGUCAAUGGCAAGUCGAAAGAGCCGGACCAACGUUCCAUAACCCUCGGUGUUUUAGCUGCUGGUAUUCUCCGGAAUGUUUCGCCGCUACCCCCACCUGUUGCAGCCUCCUUUGUUGAUAUUGACAAAGACCUCGUUUUGCCUUUACUACAGCCUGUCAUUUCGUCGGUAUUUCUUCCCGACGCUUCCAACAAUGUGCAGACUCUUGUUUCUCAACAGACUGAUAUACCACAAAUCGACAAACUGGCCCUGAAGAGCACACCCAAAUCUGAUCAUAAAUCCCCAAUAGAGAUUGAACUUGAGCGCCUGGAGGCUCGCCUUCGAACAGUUCAGUUGGCCCUCGAGAUACUGACAGGAACGUGCGCGACACUGCCUGACCCGAAUCUGAGCGUAGGCGAGGAACAGAGCGAUAGCAAUGAAGACGACGACGAAGAUGAGGCCGAAGAGGAUAUGGAUGUUGAUGUGUCUGCCAUCAACGGUGACAAACCCGAUUCAGAACAGUCUGAAACUGUGUCGUUGCUUCCGUCACUGGUUCCGGCUUUGUUGGCUCUCGCACAGCCCACCUCACUUUCGUUCCCACCCCUUGCGUCCGUAUCUGUACACCCUCCGACCACAUCUGCUCUCAGUGGUAUACACGUCAGUGCACUUGAGUGUUUGAACAAUAUUUUCCUAUCCUUGGCCAGGGUUCCGAACUCCUCUGUCUCUUCUGACAAGGAAGCUGGCCAAAAAGUGUGGAAAGAUGUGUGGUCGGCGCUGAGCAUUGUUGGUACUGAUUUCGGGAUGGGUCAGGAACGAAGACGAGAGGUAUGGGAGAUCUCUGUCGGUGUUUUAUGGGGAAUUGGCAAUGUUUGGAAAGGUUCCUUGACUCCCGACGUGGAUCAGGUUAACCUCCUCAUCCAAUUCUGUAAUGCCAGCUCCGACGCACAGACACGCGUCAAGUGCAUUGGAACACUGGAGUGUUUGGCCCAACACCCUGAUUCUAUCGAUGGCAAUCGAAUAAUAUCUGAAUAUUUAUUAUCGUUUUUUCCAACUGGGACAUCACCAGAAGCCGGUGUCGAACCCGUUCUCCAAUCGGUAUCUGCAAUAAUCGAUAUAUACUCCGACGAAAUGCUACCGUACGAUACAAACUUCCGUCAGGGAGGAUACGUGAACAGGCUGGCGGCAAGUAUAGACGGUAUGAAAAAGCUGGUGAAAUCGAUUGACCGGCGGAAACCGGGCGGCCGGGUGUUGAGGUUGAGGGGGGAAGAAGUCCGCGACAACCUUAUUGCAUUUGUGCAAUACCGGAAAAAUCUGAAGCUGUAG